AGAAGAAAAUUUUCGUUUGACGUUUUUGCUGUCAGUUUAUAUAUCCUUUUUCAAAGUUUGACCAUUGUGAAAAUAUUUUCACAUUUGGAAAAUCAACAAACAUCGGCGAAAUAUCGCCCAUUAUUUCAAAUAUUAUAUUGAAAACUAAAACAAUAUGCCACCUAAGUUCGACCCCACUGAAAUAAAAUACGUUUAUUUAAGAUGUGUUGGAGGUGAAGUAGGAGCUACUUCUUCUUUGGCUCCUAAAAUUGGUCCUCUAGGUUUGUCUCCGAAAAAAGUUGGUGAUGAUAUAGCUAAAGGAACCGCUGAUUGGAAAGGAUUGAAAAUAACAGUUCAAUUAAAAAUCCAAAACAGACAAGCUACCAUUUCUGUUGUUCCAUCUGCUGCCUCUCUUAUCAUCAAAGCCCUAAAAGAACCUCCACGUGAUAGAAAGAAGCAAAAGAACAUUAAGCACAGUGGAAACAUUACUUUUGAUGAUAUAAUUUCUAUUGCCAGACAAAUGAGGCCAAGAUCUAUGGCCAAACAAUUAUCUGGAACUGUAAAAGAAGUACUUGGUACAGCCCAUUCUGUAGGAUGCACAAUUGAUGGAAAAGCUCCACAUGAUUUAAUUGAUGAAAUAAAUGCUGGAACCUUAGAAGUACCCGAUGAAUAAACUAGUAGAAUAUUUUUUCUAAGUUAUAAA